GCCAGUCGUCAUUCUGGAGAAGCUCUGCUGAGGCGUCAGGAGAUAUCAGGAGAUAAUUAAACCCAGCUGACCCUGCAGGAGAACGAGAACCAAACUGUUAGAACUCAGAUUUACAUUAGAAUGAUUGUAGAGGGUGAGAUGGAUCCCAAUGCGUCAGAGCCGGAAAUCCUGCCAGAUAUGAGCCUGGGAUGGACCACCACGGUCCUGGUGGUGCCCAUCGUGGUCGUCCUCACAGCUGGAUUUUUCUACCUGUAUGAUGUAAUUGUUGGUCUGCUGUCUAAAACAUCCGUACGCAACAAGGUGGUCCUAAUAACGGAUGCUUUAUCUGGGCUUGGGAAAGAAUGUGCAGGUGUGUUUCACAAAGGAGGAGCAAGACUGAUCCUCUGUGGAAAAAGCUGGGAGAAACUUGAAGAACUUGCAGAUGAAUUGGCAAAUUCUUCUGAUCCCACCGUAACAUUCCCCCCAAAGCUCGUCCUGCUGGACUUUGAUGACAUGGGUAGCAUGCCCGAGGUCAUCGAUGAGAUCCUGGAAUGCUACGGCUGCUUGGAUAUUCUCAUCUUCAAUAACAGCUUAAAGGUCAAAGCUCCUGCACAGAGCCUGUCUCUGGAGAUGGACAGGCUUCUGAUGGACAACAACUACUUCGGGCCCAUCACUCUGGCUAAAGGUGUGCUGCCCUCCAUGAUCUCCAGAAGAAACGGCCAUCUGAUUCUGGUUAACAGCAUCCAAGGGAAGAUAGCCAUUCCUUUUCGCACAGCGUAUUCAGCUUCCAAACAUGCAGUCCAGGCUUUCUUUGAUUGCCUGAGAGCUGAAGUUGAGGAAUUUGGAAUCUCUGUGAGCACCAUCAACCACACCUUCAUCUGCUGCUCAGCAGCUGGAACCACGUCAGCCUCCAAGUCCCUGCUCUGGUCACUGUUGUUUGUCAGGAAGCCGCUUGGUGUUUCUCCGGAGGAGGCGAGCGCUGAGAUCGUCAAGACUCUGAGCAACAAGAAGAAAGAGGUGCUGAUUGCUCCGUCACUUCCCAAGAUGGCCAUCUAUGCCAGAUCCUUCUUCCCCAACAUGUUCUUCUCAGUGAUGGCUGCAGGAGUGAAGAACGACAAGAUGUGAAGAACAAAGGCAUCACAGAAUGUUUGCUGAUCAAAAUGAACCAAAUCAGCAGUAAUGAAAGUAAAACCUUAUCUUUGUGAGAAUUAGAAUUAUUUUACUGAUGGCUUGUUUGUAUGGCCAUGUUGUAGAGAUAGUUUUAAUCAUUUUAAAAUUGAUCAUUUGAUACUUCUAUACAUUUACUGUAGAAAAAAAAACAAAAAAAACAAUUUUAUUGUAUUUUUCUGUAUUCCCAAAUAAAUCCAACAAAUAUUAGAAGGUUUCAUUUUAUUUACUUUGGUGCAGAUUUUUCUGUGUUUCGAUUAGCAUUUUUGCCACAAUGUAUACAGUUGUAAUUAGUUUUGUGACACCCAUUUCUGACUAAACAAAAUCAUGAUGUAAAGUGAUGGGCACACUUUCUAUUUAUACAACAUUAAAGGAAAUAUUUAGGUUUAAAGGUAUUUUAGAAAAUUAAAACAUGCACAUUUGUGUAUGAAACGGUAACACAAUGCUGCUGCUGUUGGAAACUGUCAGUAAUUCUUUUGAUUUGUUCCGUUUAUUAUUUUUGUGUAACUUAUUUCUAAAUAAUAUCUUUAUCUUAUUUUAAUUACAUCCAAUUAGCCAGUGAGUCUGUGAUGAAUGAAGUGUAAUUAGAAAAAUAUUUAAAUUUAGAAAUAAAGACGUUUCUGUCUUUUGUAAAGAUUUUACAAAGCUUGACUUAAUCCACAA